AUGUUUGGAACUCCAUACUGGCUUCUUCAUUAUUACACAAUUCUCGGAUAUUUUUCAUUGAUCAUCAAUUUAAUAGGACUUUAUUUGGUCUUAUUCAAAAGUUCAACAAUGGGCAACUACAAAUAUAAUUUAUUGUAUCUUCAAUUAUCGUGCACAUUUCUUUAUAUAAUAUUUUUACACGGUAUGAAACCUAUAACUUUUUUACCUAUAAUGGGUUUAAGUUGUAAACACGGAGUUCUGUGGAGAUAUCUUGGAAUUUCGUCGAGAGUUUCUGUUGUAGUAUUUGCGGAGUUAUUUGCGAAUAUAGUUAUAUCAAUGACAUCUUGUUUUCUCAAAAAAUACUCGGCUGUUACAUCAGUUGGAAAGCGAAACAUUAUACCAACAAUCAUUAUCAUAUUAGUUAUUGUUUUCAAUCAAAUUUGCAUUAUUGUUUUAACUUUAGCUAUUCCAACUAAACAACAACAAUUGAAUUUGAUACCUGAAGAAUACAACAAUUAUUUUGAUAUUCUUGAAGAUUAUCUUUUAUUUGAAAUGGAUACUUUGUCAAUAAUUUUUAUUGUACUAGUUCCGAUAGGAGCUUCUUUAAUUAUUCUGAUCAUAUUUCUCAUUACAGUUAAAAUGUUUGAUGCUUUAUCAAUAAUAAAUCCGAGACAAUCGGAAACAAAUACCAAAAGACACAAAAUUGUUUUGAAAAGUUUGAUCGCUCAAUCACUUACUACUGUUGUAUUUCUAGUUCCGUGCAUAAUUUUUGUUUUUGUAACAGUCGUUGAAAUAUCAAAUGGUAAUUAA